AUGCCAACAUCCAAAACUAAAGAAACCACAGACCUCGACGUCGAUCUUCCGUUCUCUCAACCCGUCACAUUUGCCCAUCUCAAAUGGCAAAGAUGCCUUGCAGCCUCACAUAAAAAGCCUCUUGAUAUCGCCCUACUAGGUUUGCUCUAUGAUACCUCCGCCUCAUAUCGCCCCAGACCCGGAUUCGGCUCACAAGCUAUCCGAGCAAGAUCCGCCCGAGAGAAGAAAGGCCGCAGCUACAAUACUGUCUAUGGGGUGGAUCCAUAUGAGGAGGGAUUGGAGAACAUUGACUGUGGAGGCACCUCCAUCAACCCGUUUGUGCCGCACAUGCCUUCAAGCAGAUGGAGCAGGGAUACAGACAGGUGCUGCAUCACCCAACUUCCGAUGGGAACUCCUGAAGACACCCUCGCAUUGUGA